CCCUCCACCACCUUCAUUUUGCAUAUAUACACACACACAUAUGCUUCAUCCCCCCCCCCCCCCCCCGGGUCUCUCUCUAUCUCUCUCUCUCUCUCUCUCUAUGAUGGCAGACAACUGCACCUUCUGUCUUAUAGCAGCCAUGGAUCGUCUCUGGUUUCACCAUAUUAUUCUUUUCCAAGAACCCAUCUCACUACUCUCCUCCAAACCCCUCAAACUGCCUUCCAAAAUCUCAGAAUCUCUACAAGAAGAAGAUGAAGAAGCAAUCUUAUCACAGUCGUCCUCUCCUGCAAUUCCAGAGAAGAAAAGACGACGAAGACCCACAAGUUUGAAUCUCCCCACAAGAAAAACUCGCUCACUUUCAUCUUCGCCAUCAGCUGAUCAAAGCCACCGACGAAAUCUCAGAACGAGAACAUUACAGAAAACCAUGAGCCUGCAGGAGCUGGAACUGGAAGAAGUAAAAGGGUUCAUGGAUCUGGGCUUCAAAUUCCACAAAGAGCAGCUGAGCCCGAGGAUGGCGAGCGUGCUCCCUGGCUUGCUGAGACUUGAAGGCUGCAAAAACACGAUCAGCACAUCUGAUGAGGAAGUUGAGGAAGAGCAAAGGUGUCGAAUAGUGAGACCUUACUUGUCUGAAGCAUGGCUAAUAAAGAGACCCAAUUCGCCGUUGCUGAAUAUGAGGGUGCCCACAUCUUCUUCGAGUGCAGAUAUGAAGAGACAUCUCAGGUGCUGGGCAAGAACUGUGGCCUCUGUUGUUCUACAGGAAUCCUGAAAGUGAAACACCAUCACUAUUUGGUCAUGGCUGAAGAAGCUAAAAAGCAGAGACAUGUACAAUACGUAGAUAAUAAAAAUAAUAAGUUUUUGAAAGAUCUACUCACAAAUUCUUGAAAUUUUAAUAAAUUUUACUUCCUAAUAUUCAAA